AUGAAGGGGUUAGCUUGUCGUUGUCUUUCGCACAAUAUAAAGUAUUCUCACCUGUGCACUCACUUGUUUUUACAGCUGCGAAGAGAAUCGGUCUCCAUGAUGAAUUCACAUAACGCGAUCGUCCAGCGUCUCUCAAGGGAGGCUCUGGCUGAUAUUGAGGGACUUGAUGCAUUGAAACACGGCUUUGAAAGGGAGGAAUGCUGUGGUCCAGUUCCGGCAAAACUGCCUGGGAGCAUGACGCUCACUGAGCACCUUUUUCUUUCAUCGGAUGUUGGUGCAAAGGACUGGGAAUCGAAUUUGAGGAAUGUCGCGGGUUAUGAUGCCCUUAACUCGAAGGUCAAAGAAUUGGAGAAUGUUCAGCUGACGGUGUUUCAUCGACCAGGUCCAGACGAGUGCCUCUUGCGAUUUUUGUACGACGAGAAACUGCAAUCAGUAAUUAUAACGCAGUACAGUUGCAUAACAUCGGGUGAGUUCCCGUGGGAAAGCAAAGGGUCGGUCCCCUGUGACCGCUCAAAUGACGCAUUUGUCUUCGUCUGCUCACAUCAUCAGCGUGAUGGUCGCUGUGGUUAUUGUGGUACUGUUUUGCUGGAGCUCCUGAGGAAUGCCAUAAAGGAAAAGAAGGGCGGUGACGCAUGUAUUUACGUGUAUCCGUGCUCCCAUGUUGGUGGUCACAUGUAUGCUGGAAAUGUUUUAGUAUACACGAAAAGGGGUGGAAUCUGCUUCGGUUGCAUCAAGCCAUCUGAUGUCGACAGCCUUGCAGACCUUCUAGUGAGAGGGGAUGGAGCUAUACCGGACUCACUUGAGUCGCGGAUAAGGGGGAAGAUUGGGUUUACCCAGGGGGGCCUCAAUUGCAGUGUGAUGUAG